AUGGGGCUGCAGGAAGUCUUCACCUCCACCUCACUGGAGCUGCAAGGGAUCCAUGCAGUGCGUUGGCUUUCGCGGGGCGACGCAGUGCUCAGGCUCGUCGCCGUCCUUCCGGCUCUCAUCGUGAUGUUGAAGGAGUGGGACGCGACGCUCUAUGCGCUGGUGAUGAGCUACAGGUUUCAUUUCCUCCUAUUUUUCAUUGCAAAUGUGCUUGAGCAGCUGAACAUACUCAACAGGGCCUUCCAGCACAAGGAGCUUGAUUAUGCCAGCGUGCAUGCGCAGAUCAAGCGUACAACAUCCCACAUCGAGAGCCGCUACGUCGACUGCGGAGACGACUUCAGUGGCGGUGUGAGCGAGCUGCUGUCCCCCUUCAUCGCGCGCCAUGGGCCUGGAGGAAACCGGGAGGUGAAGGUUGAAGGGAUUGAUUCGGACGGCUGA